CGAACGAACCGAUUUUCGCUCCAUUCAGGUCGAUCGAUUCCGCCAAAAAAGGUCAAAUCAAAUGGGUCGCAAACGCAGCAAUCCUCUGUCACACGCGCGGGGGAAACAGCAAAAACCGGAAAACGUUUGGUUUCGUCGAACCGGAGCCGGAUAUUCGCUAUUUCUGGAAUACUAUGCGAACCAACCGAUCGGAACUGUGGCCGGACGCUACGAUGAUAUUCUCGUCACCAAAAUACCGGACAUGAAAAUCAACGAGACGAAUAGUGGCAAAACAAUCGAGAAACUUGGAAGAGGCCUGUCACGAGCCGCAAAAAGACGCAAGAAAAAGAAGGGUCAAUCUAUGCUAGUUCUCGAGGACGUGGACCAGCAGCAGUCGUCUUCAAUAGUCGAAGCAAAAUUACUUGCGAGACAGACGCCACUUUCGCCACAAUUGUUGGAUGCGUUUCGACACGAUCAAAGCAAAGUCACUGCCUGUUUGCUUCCGUUUGUACAUUCGAUGGCAAUGCCGCUUCCAUUGACUUUGCGCGUACGACAACACGACAGGAUGACGUCAAAGAAAACGGAGUUAUUGCUUUCAGCGUUCGAGGGGAUACUUGACAAAGUAUCGUUCGACGAGUCUAUAUACCAAGCUAAGUUUUCGAAAGAAUCGAUUUCCCGCAAAUGCCCGGAAUUGAAAGACUUACUUUUGGAGCAAUCCCAGAAUGGUUCUUUGGCCCGACAAGAGAUAGGUUCUAUGUUACCCGUCUUGGCGCUGCAGCAAGUCGGAGCCUUGGGCCCCAAUAGUCGUGUGCUGGACCUAUGUUCCAGCCCUGGCUCUAAAACCCUUCAAGCGCUGGAGAUUGUGGGGACCAAGGGACGGGUCGUGGCGAACGAUGUUUCGGAAACACGCUUGACGGCCCUCCGAGGAGCCGUUGGGCGAUCGGGGCUACCGGAAAGCUACACAGAUCGCAUCGUGUACAGUUGUCAGGACGCUACGCAGCUGAUAUUGACCACCACCAGACUAUGGGAUGCGGCGAUGUGUGAUGUUCCAUGUUCGGGAGAUGGAACUUGUCGUAAAGACAAGCAUGUACUACCCAUGUGGAAACCGAGUCACGGAAACGAGCUGCACCAAACGCAGGUCAAGAUCUUGCUCCGUGCCCUGCGUUGGGUCAAACCGGGAGGCGUUGUAUGCUAUAGCACCUGUAGUCUGAACCCGAUUGAAGAUGAAGCGGUAGUUGCCGCUGCUUUGCUUCAUUUACGGGGUGACGACAAACUAGCACCAGCAGUGGAAGUAAUCGAGUGGCCUCAUCCGACUGGUUUCACUGGAAGACCCGGCAUAGCGAAUUGGAAAGUAGCCGACUAUCCUCGCGAUGCCAGCGACAAAGGCCUUACAGACGAGGUCGGCGUUGGAAGUGGCGACGACGGUGAGACUCCCCGUCUACAAUGGUACGAGACGUACAGUGAAGCAAAGGACGCGGGGAUGCAGUGUGCACUUCCCUCCAUGUGGCCGCCCGAGAAAACCACCGACUUACAUCUCGAGCGAUGCACACGACUGUGGCCACAAGAUCAAGACACGGGCGGUUUUUUUUUAGCGUUGUUACGAAAAACCGCAAAAUAA